AGAAAACAAGAAUACAUAUGCGUCGAGAGAUUACAGGAGAUAUAUCAUCGCGCCGAUCGCCCAGGACGACGAGUGUGGUCGUUUGGGCUGCAGUGUGAUGAUUACAGGAGUUAGUAGUUGGUGAGUUUGAGAGCCCCCGUUUAGUUGUAUCGCCUCAGAUGAGUCGAGAGCUGCGAGGAAAGCUUAAAAACUGCAACCGGAAAAAGGGAGACCUCCAAAAUCGCUUUACACUUCGUAUUUGGUCGAGGUCGUUCUCCUAGUUGUGUUGAUAAUUCUGAUACUAGCCGUAGUGCUAAAAAAACUACUUUCGAUAUUGACCUCGUCAAGAACCACUUCGACUUUGAGCGAAUUCGACGUCGAUAAAAAAUUCAUGUUCUUCUUGCAAGCUAAUUUUCGAUCAUAUUGAUGUUCUGUCUCUACUCAAUAUUUUCUUUGUAGUAUGUAUCACUAUCUUCAAUCGUAUUGCUGUCGAAAUGAUGCAAGUGCAACUACAAGUGCAUAUUAACGUGAACGUUCGUGUUUUAGCAGCAUCAACAAGUGACGUAUGUUAAAGAGCAUGUUUUCAUCUGAGCAAAAAUAUCGAAGUGAUAGGAAUCCGUAAAAGAUGAGGAGAAAAUUUGCCCGCCCCGUGAAUCGGGGAGGGUAGGGCUCACGAGGGCAUCGGAGGUGCCUUUCGCAUCUACUAGGGCACUCUGUACUUAGGAUUGGGACCACUAAGAAGUGCGGGGCUCGUCUUUCCGAAUACUAGCUCAUUAGCAGUGACGGUCGACGCGUCGUAGCAACUCCCACUGCAUAGGGAUAGUAGCAGCUCAUCAAUAGACCGUGGAAAGAUUGGGCAGAUAGCUGUGCGAGUAGGAACAAGCGGUCCGAAGUACAAAGGAAAGAAGUCCUCUAAAGGGGAGUGGCGUAGCACUUGGCGCUAGGAGGAGAGGCACGACAUCACUUCCAGAAACAACGACAGAGGCAACUUACUCCAAGUCAAGCGACUUCACGUCUCUGCAGACGGUACAACUAGUCGUGCAUAAGUGAAGAACAAGGAGUAGCAGAUCAACAAUAAGUACAAAAAAUAACUACAAGAAUAGAAGUAGCAGUUGUGCCGACUAGAAGAUAAUCAACUCCACUCAGUAGCAGUACCAGUAGCAGCACAAGUAGCAGCACAAGUAGCAGCACUGCACUACUUGGGCCGCAUUGCGAUUGGCUACAUCUACUACCGCUGGUCUCAGUGGGUAGCGGAGAACCUGUUAUUUCAAUCUCUCUAGUACCACAUCAUCACGUCCAACAACAACAUCACAUUUACAAUAACAACGCGCAACUUCAACUUAUCUAGACCACAAUAAAGUUGUGUACCGCAAGAUGGGCAUGCUUUCACGAGAGAUCGUGAUUCGGAAGCUGAAGGAGCACGAGCGCUUCCGCAAAAAGGAGCAAACGACUCUGGCGCAGUUGCACGAUGUGUUUGAGGAAGGCGAGGGUCUCGAAUUCCUCGGAGACCCUAUGUGGUGGAGGUACCCGGAAGACAUCGACACCGAUAGAAUAUACAUUACUAGUGGCGUCGAAUUCCGACAGAUACGGUUGAUGGCAAGUUAAGGGUCACUAUCCCAUGUGGACUACGUACAGCACUGAGUGAAAUCCCCCUGAUCUGAAGGGGGAAAUAAAGGGGGAAAAGAACAACUCACUCGACCAGGGAUAGCGAAAAACUAGUACCUCUAAGCAAGGGAGAUAGUGUUCCACUUCUUGUUGCUUUCGUUUGUGACAGCCUAUAUCCUGAACACACGGAGUACAGAUGCGUUCUUGGCUAGGGAAGAACAGCUAAAAUUCUGGCAAGGCUGCAACACAACGACGCCGGAAACGGCGAGAGAGUAUUUUGCUUUUGAUUUUGCUGUUUUAUUUGUAACCACCUGAACAGCAAUUAUAUAUAAACAAUAACUAGACUCUCAUCGUCAUCAAAAAUCAAAGUUUAAUGAACAUCACAGCCUCAUUACAUACGUCCCAACGACUUCGUUACACUUUACCACAAGCUCAUACAGGUUUAGAGAGAGCAUCUUCGAGCGAUGCGAUGUGGAGUCAGUGGUAGAUAUCCGGACUUUUUGGACGUGGCUAGACCGAAAGUUUGUGCCGCUAGCUUUUACCCCACAGCCAGCCUAUGAGAGCGGGUACGCGACAAGAACGACGGCUUUUGUUAAGGCUUCAGGUUGCAAGUAAUCCAUCUCCAGACGAGGCCAUCUCCAGAAGCUCUAAGGGAAAAGCAAGGCCAGGAUGAUUUUCAAUUUUUCUUUUUUUGGCUCUAAUUUUGAUGAUAACCCAUUUCAAAUCGAUCUAGCUCCUAGAUUAAUCGGGGAUCCACACAGACCUGCGAAUCUCUUGCUAGGCUUGAUACGGAUGAGGCAGAUACGAGUACAGAAGAACCAAGGCUGUACGGUUUCGAGUCUAUUUUCGCACAUAUUUUCCGACUGUCGAGCCUUGUUUCAAGAAGCGCAUCAGAGUACAACUACUUCUACUGAAAUUUGAGGAGCUUUGUUUCAGGAAGCGCAUCAGAGUACAACUACUUCCACUGAAAUUUGAGGACGAUCUUAUGCGCUUGACGCUACCGGUUCUACUUUCAUAUCCAACAUUAACCGAGUGGAAUUAUAGUAGAGUAGUUUAUAGAACGGAUGUAGGAUGGACUUGGAUGGAUCGGAUGGACCCCCCUGAUUCUUCCG